GGAACGGAAACGUCACCAACACCAAACUCCCGCGUUUUAUAAAGUCGCCUGUCAAAGUAUUUUGCAUUAUUAGGACUGUCGAUAAUAUUGUAAGCUUGUGUUGUGUUGUGCCUUGAAAUGUGAUUAUUUGUUAUAAUAGAAAAGAGCUUUAUUGUUGCUUAUUGAAAUUUUAACUCAAGUAUUAAUUUAGUUAUUAUCUGCAAUAUUUAAAAUGAAAACUCCCAAGUCUGAAGGAGCGGACGUAACAUCUUCAAAGAAAAAAUUGAAACAGGCCAGGCUUCCAUUUAAACUGUUAAGCGGCGUAUCACCUGCGACAGAAACUACUCAAACUAGAAAGAGAAAAUUAUCUGCCCCUGAAAGUGAACCUGUCACAAAAUUGGGUAAAGUAACAAAAGAAAACGACAAGAUCGAAGAUUUGGUUGUUAUUAGUGAUGAGGACAGUAAGGACGCUACAAAGACACUUACAGAAGACAAAACACCUAAUCCCUACGUUAAAUUGGUUAAUAGUGCUCGGAAGAAAAAACAAAUGUCCAAAACAUUGAAGAAGAAAAAAAAGGGGAGCGAUUCUAAGGAUGGUACCACUCCUAGUGAAAGCAAAACUUCAGAGGAUUUAGAAAAAUUAAAUGGUUCUGCAUGUAUGGACAUUGAUAACAGCGAUAACAAUAUUGAAAUCCCUUUAAAUGAUGAGUCUUUGGAUGUUUCCUUAAAAAACAAUGACAUUAAUGCAGGAAACGAAAAAUGCACUGUUGAUAACAAUGAAGUAACUGAUAAAGAUGAAGAUUGUACUGGUCAUAAGACUGAAAACAAUGAAAAAAAAGAUGGUGAAUUGAAUGAAUCUAAAAACUUAGAUGAGGAACUACACAUGGUUACUCCCAAACGAAGUACACGAAAUAGAUCACGGAUUGAAAGUAAACUGGAAUUGAAUACAUCACAAUCAAGUAUGUGUGAUGAAUCUGCCCAAUCAAUUACAACACCUCAAACACCUAGACAAACUAGGAAUUCAAUAUCAAGCAGUAUGGAACGCACUCCAAAUAAUUCUGCAUCAUUAACACCAAAACAGCAAGUCCAGAAGAAGUUAGACUCAGCAAAAAAGAAAGAAGAGAAAGAAAAAGAGAAACAAGAUCGAGAGAAGAAAAAGCAACAGGAAAAAGAAGAAAGGGUUAAACAGAAGCAGGAAAAAGAGGAACAAAAAAGAAAAGAGAGGGAGGAAAAAGAAGAGUUGAAACGAAAAGAGAAAGAGGAGAAAGAAGAGCAAAAACGCAAAGAGAAAGAAGAGAAGGAAGAACAAAGACGAAAAGAAAAAGAAGAGAAAGAACAAAUGCGUAGAAAGGAAAAAGAAGCAAGGGAAGAAGAAAAGAGAAAGAAACAAGAGGCUUUGGAGUUAGAAAAACAAGAACAAGAACAAAAGAAAAAGAAAGCCGCUGAGGCUUUUGUAAAUUUCUUUGUACCAAAACAGAAAACUGAGAAAGACCAGCACACAAUCGGUCCUGUUAGCAAAAACAGUGUACUGUCCAGUUUUACAAUUAAGGCGGAUAUGAGAUUGGCGCCAACUACCAGAAAUUACAUAAGUGAUGAACAGAAAGAAAAUCUAGACAAAUUACUUGAAGGACAAAAUGCACCAAGUAAUAAAUUGUAUGUAAAUAGUUUGAAAGAAGGUUUAAACAAGCCUAUGUCUAGUGGGAAAACAUGGCCGUUGAGUGAUAAAGAAAAUGAUGAUGAUGUUAUGAUUGUGGAGGAUGACUUACCACCCAUAGAUGAUGCAAAUGAAAUAUUAUCCUGUGAAACAUCUGUCCGUGAGAGACUUCGGCCAAAACUAUUAAGUUUCCAUGAAAACAGACGUCCCCCAUAUUGGGGUACUUGGAGAAAACGGAGCACAUUCGUUAAACCGAGAAGACCUUUCCAACAGGACCAGAAGCAUGUAGACUACGAGGUGGACAGCGAUGAGGAGUGGGAGGAGGAGCAGGAGGGGGAGAGCAUCGAUGGCAGCGCGGCCGGCAGUGAUGACGAGCCCGACGCCGACGAGUAUGAGGUCGAUAACGAGGUCUUCGUCCCACAUGGAUACUUGAGUGAUGAGGAAGCAACAGUAGAUGAAGAUGAUGUCCUGUCUCUUUCACCUGAAACACAAAAAGCGAGACUGAAACAUCUUGAAGAUGAGUUUGAAAGUGAACUUAAAAAGCCUACGGAAAAGUUGAAACCAAGGAUGUAUGGAUUACUAUGGGAGACAGCUGAUGGGGAAAAACCAGAAAAAUGUGUCGAUGCUUUGUGGAAUUACUUUAAAAAACUAUCAAUGAUCAUGAACGAUCCAACUGCAUUGCUACAGCCAUCAAAUGAACUUGAAGAAAGUGAUAAGAAAAAAAUAAAAAAGAAAAAAUGUAUAUCCGAUGUGGAAAAAACGCAACCAAUUGCAGAAAAAAAUAAAAAGCAUAAACAAGAAAAUAAAAACGUCAAAAGAGUUAAGCCAGAAGCAAAAAAGCCAGUCCAAGAAGUGAAGCAGACACAGCCAGGAAUUAAUACAUUUUUAACUAAAUUAAAAUCUCCAUAAGAAGUAUUAUGCUUUUAUAACAAAUAUGAUCAAUUAUCCUAUUUUUUUACAAAGUAACUUAUAUAUCGCUAUAAAAAGGU